AUGGCGGCCUUCGGACUCGAGCUCUCACUACGCGUCAGGAAUGUUUCUGUCCAGGAAGCGGCCACUGGAGUCAGGGCAAGCAUUCAAGAACUCUAUGAAUCAGAUAAUUCCUAUAUCGAGGUAGGCAUUUUUAUGGUCGCCGUAUAG